AUGGCGGAACACUUUCGGAAUCGCAUCAAGGAGUUAAGGUCGCGGAAGGUGGCGACAGAAGAUGCGGCCACCGGCACAAAAACGACAGUGGCGUCCGCGGCGACGGCGGUGGCGUCGGUGACAUCUCCUCCGCUUCUGUCAUCGGCGGUAUCGAGCAAAACAGUUGCUUCGGUCCCGGUGGCAAAUUUACCGCCACCGUUUUUGUCGCCACAUGGGGCGGUGGUGAACUACAGGGACAGCGUGAGGGACCCACUGUGCGCGCGCUUCACGACGGGGCACGCGUUAAGUCUUUUUGAGGUCACUUUGCAGGCACUUGGGGACAAGGCACGACGGAAACGGGCUCGUUCUCCUGACAAUGAGGAGCCUGCAGAAGAGCCUCAACAACACCGUGGCUUCCAGAAGCACCAACCGCAGCAGCAGCACGCAUCAAGGGAGGGAGAGGGAGGCGGUGAAGAGCAGGCAUCACCGCGCCAAAUUGACCCGGAGCAACCUAUGGUGAGAGAGGGUUGUGACAAUGAGAAGAAGGUAGUAACUAAUCCCCCUUUUGAUACUUCUUUUUCCAAUGUGGUUUCUUACUUCUUGCCUGAGAUAGAUGCAAGGUGUUUCAGUAACAAUGAGGAGUUGGAGGAAACAAAUGGGCUUGUCAAUGGACAAGCACAAUUGGAGCACUCAAAGGCGAGUAUUGGAGCUGGCAUUGGCGUCGGCUCACGUGAUGACAAAAAAAGGUGUAUUUUGGUCACGGGAAAGCAGUGCCCACCCUGCCGCUCGGUAAACGAAUACAUCCCAAAGGCCCGUAUUGCACAAGGAGUGUAUGGUGUGGUAAUCAGCGCCAUUAGGGCUACAUCUGAGGUUCCUCACCACGACCAGGAGGUGAAACGGAUGGUAAAGAAGUACGCUCUCAAGCAGGUGAAGGAACAGUGGCUUGUCGACUCACAGGUCGGAUUUCCACCGUAUCUCCUGAGAGAGUUUGAUCUUCUUCUUCGCAUGCGCCAUCCAAACAUUGUGAGGGCCCGGGAGGUGGUGAUUCUCGAUAAGCGGCUUGGUGGGACAAAACACUUGCGUGGGGAUGCGGGUGGUGAUGGUGUGGGGGCGGAAAACAACAUCAAGAGAUCCCAUCCGGAUGUCGCCGGAGAGUUUCUGCAAGGUGUGAAGGGGGUGGCGCCGAACGGUAACGUUGCCACCCAAAAUCAAGAGAAGUCAGGCGCGGAUGGGGUGUUAAGGGGAGAGCGAAGUAGAAGUCAUGUAAAGGAUGUGUAUUUGGUUAUGGACUAUUGUCCUUAUGAUCUCAAGUCUUUUCUUUCUCUUCACAAUGAAAAGGGGGUUUAUAUGCAUUUAAGCUCCUACAAUACACAUCCUGAUGCGCCAAACAAUUUUUUAUCUCGAGUGAAAUGUAUUAUGCAACAACUGUUUCGAGCAUUAAACUUUCUCCAUGAUCAUCGUAUUUUGCACAGAGACAUCAAAACCUCUAAUAUUCUCAUUAGCCAUGAAGGGGUUGUGAAGCUUUGUGACUUUGGGUUGGGACGCCUUUAUCGUGAGGGGGAGGAGCUCACUGCGAACGUCGUCACGCUCAUGUAUCGUGCACCGGAGUUACACUUUGGUGUUCGGGACUACUCCCACAAGAUGGAUGUAUGGUCACUGGGGUGCAUCAUGGCAGAGUUGUUCCUCAAGAUGCCGCUGUUUCGAGCCGAGGAGGAGGUGAAGCAUUUUGCCGCCAUCUGCGACAUCAUCGGCAUACCGACGGAGGAGACAUUCAGCGGGCUGUACAAGAUGCCAGAGCUCCUGCGCAUCAUGCGGUCCCUCACCAAGUAUAACCGUGAGAACAAUCUUUCUCGCGUAUUUGCGAAGUCGCACCACGCCGGUGCGUCGACUCUGCCUGCGAGUGGACUGGACUUGCUGCAGUGCAUCUUUCGCUGGAAUCCUCUGGACCGUCUCUCGGCCCGUGAUGCCCUCAACCACGUGUUCUUCCACGAGGCACCGCUGCCAUGUGAACCAGCGGAGCUUUUGCGCCCGAUACCAACCUCAAACGUGCAAAGCAGGCGGUAUGACGGUAAGGCAACGGCGAAAAGAAACGAAACUGACGGUGUGGGGGGCACACCUCCGCCGAAGCCGCGGCCUGUACGAACGGACGCAGUGCUUCGGGCUGAGGAAAAACUCACAACAUCACCGAGAAUGGGGGGCAUGAAAGCUGUCGAGCCGGAACGGACCUGCACCACGACGGGCACGGGUGAAAUGAAGAUGACGGUGACAGAUGCGAUUUCGUCCCCGUCGGAGGAUGACGCUGAGCAUGUGCUUCUGCGGGAGCUAGAGUCCCUCAACGAUAUCCCAAGCCCUGGGGACGAGGAUGAGGCCCAACGCGUGGCGAACCAAGCACGUCUGAGGGCAAAUCAGGACCGGGAUUGUACGUCAUCACCGGGGUUUUGA